UUGCCCGGGCAUGUGGAGCUGCGGACUGUCUGGACGCCACGUGCAGGCCGGAAGAGACAAGCGUUGCUACAGAGUGCUGCCCCAUUGGAAGAUCACUUCCCAGGCUUCCUUUGUCCCCAGCAGUGAGCUGACUGGGAUGGUGCCCAGGGAAGCCCCUGAGUCCACCCAGUGCCUUUGCCCUUCCCUUACCAGCCUCAGUGCCAAGGAUGUGCUUUGGAGAAGGCACAAGAGGAGGAGCCGACAGCACCAGCGAUUCAUGGCACAGAAGGCCUUGCUGCAGGAGCAGGGGCUGCUGAGCAUGCCCCCAGAGCCAGGACCCCUCCAGCUGCCUAUCCUGUCUGAGGCACCACCAGGCACUGCAGCUGCCAGCAGCAGGAGGCAGCGUCCAAGGGCUGAACCCAGCAGGGCCCCGUGCUGCAGAAGGCCCACCCCCAGGGAAGCAUCAGGGCCCUUGCCCAGCAAGUGUGUGGCUAUCGACUGUGAGAUGGUAGGCACGGGACCCCGAGGGCGGGUCAGUGAGCUGGCCCGCUGCUCCGUGGUGAGUUACCACGGCGACGUCCUCUACGACAAGUACAUCCGGCCUGAGAUGCCCAUCGUGGACUACCGCACUCGCUGGAGCGGCAUCACUCAGCAGCACAUGCUCAAAGCCAUCCCCUUCCAGGUGGCCCAGAAAGAGAUCCUUAAGCUCCUGAAGGGUAAGGUGGUGGUGGGGCAUGCACUGCACAAUGACUUCCAGGCUCUCAAGUACGUCCAUCCUCGGAGCCAGACCCGGGACACCACUUACGUUCCAAAUCUCCUCAGCCAGCCCGGCUUCCACACCCGGGCCCGGGUCUCACUUAAGGAUCUGGCCCUGCAGCUGCUGCACAAGAAGAUCCAGGUGGGUCUGCAUGGGCACUCAUCAGUGGAAGAUGCCACGACUGCCAUGGAGCUGUACCGGCUGGUGCAGGUGCAGUGGGAACAGCAGGAGGCCAGCAGCCUCUGGACCUACCCUGAGGACAGAGAGCACGACAGUAGCACAGACAUGGAGCAGUAUAUGGAGGACCAGUACUGGCCUGAGGACGUGCCCCAGGGCACCAGAAGAAGAACAGGGGAGCCACAGGAUGGAAGGGAGUGAGGGAGGAGGCGCUUUUGGGCAGGCCUCCAUGUGGGGUGAGUGGGAGGUGAGGCCAGGAGAGAGCGGGACAGGGCAGAGCAGGACACAGCCAGCCCCAGGGGCAGGAGUCGGGAAUGUCUGGCCUCUUGAGGCCCCUGUCCACAGCACAGCCCUCUGUCUCCCCAGAGCUGUUAUUGGUCCUUUCUCCUGACUCCUGUGGUUUUGCUAAUGGCACUUUACAGACUCCAUGGAAAUAACAGGUGGACUAUCUGGGGCCCAGCAGGAAUAGGGAAUGUGCCAACAGAUAUUCCCAGGCUGUCACUGGCCUUCCUUACCGCUAGAUCUCCUGAGGUCACCAUGCUGUGUUAUAUAAAUGGGUUAAUAUCUCCCUCUGGGGGUGUUGGUGGGGACAUUGAUAUCCAGGAGCUGCCUUAACUCAGUGACUUAGGAUAAAGUUCUGUUCCUGUCUGCCACCUAUGUCUUCCUCCAGAGUCAUUUCCAGGUUCAGAAUAAAUAUGCCUGGAAGUUGAA